AUGCACUCCGGGGGCGGGCCGGGUCGGGCUGUGCGGCUGGAGCUGGGCCUUGGCGAGAGGCCGGAGAAAGCUGUCUUCCUGCACUGGCGGCCGGGUGAGGGCGGUGGGAGGGCGCGGUGCCUGCGCUGUGGCCAUGUCUGUGUACGCAGGGGGCCGGGGCCCCGCGAAGCUGUGCCCUCAGGCCGGGCCCAGCCGGACACCCUUACCCCCCCAGGGCUCUGGCAGAGGGCAGUGACCGGCACCUUCUGUGCGUCCUGGGCACCUCUGAGAAACAGGAGAACCCAAAGGAUGGCUGCUGACAUGCAAAGGAAGAGAAGCAGCGAAUGCCCUGAUGGCACAUUGACUCCUUCUGAUGGACACAGUGUGGAGAGAGCUGAGAGCCCCACACCAGGACUGGCCCAGGGAAUGGAGCCAGGUGCUGGGCAGGAGGGUGCCAUGUUCGUCCAUGCCCGUUCCUACGAGGACCUGACUGAGUCAGAGGAUGGGGCAGCUUCUGGGGACAGCCCCAAGGAGGGUGCCAGGGGUCCCCCGCCGCUGCCUGCAGACAUGCGUCAGAUCAGCCAGGACUUUAGCGAGCUAAGCACCCAGCUGACGGGUGUGGCCCGGGACCUGCAGGAGGAGAUGCUGCCAGGAAGCUCUGAGGAUUGGCUGGACCCCCCAGGGGCAGUUGGCCGACCAGCCACAGAGCCCCCCAGGGAGGGCACAGCCGAGGGGGAUGAGGAGGAUGCCACGGAGGCAUGGCGCCUGCACCAGAAGCAUGUCUUUGUGCUGAGUGAGGCAGGGAAGCCUGUGUACUCCCGCUAUGGGUCUGAGGAGGCACUUUCCAGCACUAUGGGUGUUAUGGUGGCCCUGGUGUCCUUCCUGGAGGCAGACAAGAACGCCAUACGCUCCAUCCAUGCAGAUGGCUACAAGGUAGUAUUCGUGCGCCGGAGCCCGCUGGUGCUAGUGGCAGUGGCUCGCACACGGCAGUCGGCACAAGAGCUGGCGCAGGAGCUGCUCUACAUCUACUAUCAGAUCCUGAGCCUUCUUACCGGUGCGCAGCUGAGCCACAUCUUCCAGCAGAAGCAGAACUAUGACCUACGGCGCCUGCUCUCGGGCUCAGAACGCAUCACCGACAACCUGCUGCAGCUCAUGGCACGAGACCCCAGCUUCCUGAUGGGGGCGGCACGGUGCCUGCCCCUCGCAGCAGCCGUGCGCGAUACUGUGAGUGCCAGCCUGCAGCAGGCACGUGCGCGCAGCCUGGUCUUCUCCAUCCUGCUGGCCCGCAACCAGCUCGUGGCACUUGUGCGCCGAAAGGACCAAUUUCUGCACCCCAUCGACCUGCACCUGCUUUUCAACCUCAUUAGUUCCUCCUCGUCCUUCCGCGAGGGCGAGGCCUGGACGCCCGUGUGCCUGCCCAAAUUCAACGCAGCCGGCUUCUUCCACGCACAUAUCUCUUACCUAGAGCCUGACACCGACCUCUGCCUGCUGUUUGUCUCCACUGACCGUGAGGACUUCUUUGCAGUCUCUGACUGCCGCCGCCGCUUCCAGGAGCGCCUUCGCAAGCGCGGAGCCCACCUGGCCCUGCGAGAGGCGCUGCGCACACCCUACUACAGCGUUGCCCAAGUGGGCAUCCCUGACCUGCGUCACUUCCUCUAUAAGUCAAAGAGCUCGGGACUCUUCACCAGCCCUGAGAUUGAGGCCCCGUACACCAGUGAAGAGGAGCAGGAGCGGCUGCUGGGCCUCUACCAGUACCUGCACAGCCGUGCCCACAAUGCCUCUCGCCCACUCAAGACCAUUUACUACACGGGCCCCAACGAGAACCUCCUGGCCUGGGUGACAGGCGCCUUUGAGCUCUACAUGUGUUACAGCCCCCUGGGGACCAAGGCGUCAGCUGUCAGUGCCAUCCAUAAGCUGAUGCGCUGGAUCCGCAAAGAGGAAGACCGCCUCUUCAUUCUCACGCCCCUCACCUAUUGAUGGGAAUGUGUGCAGGCUCAGCCUUCCCAGGCACACUGGGUGUGGGAAGCCGUAGGAGCCUCCAGAUGGGGGCUGGCCUCUCUUGCCCAGCCAGCAGGCAGGGACUGUGGGUUGGUGAGUGCAUUAAAGUGCUUUGGGGAAGACA